AUGACAAUCUGCAAAAAACUACAACUUGACCUUAAUUUUCGCAUUUUCUUUUUCUUUCGGUCUUUUCAGGAAAAAGUCGAACCGAAGGAAGCUAAUGCAGUCCAUGUGAAUGCUAUGCUAGAGUACUUCCAAAGUAUCCUCGAUCACAAAACACUCUCGGCAUCAACCAAACUGAACUACGUCAAAAUUUUCCAAAAGACCCAUAGAGAUAUUUUCUACAUGCAUUUCGCAAGUCAAGAGGAAGCCAACGAAUGCAUGGAGUCUUUGAAACGUCAAGCCGAGCAGGAAUCCCAUUCAACAUCAUCAGGAAAUGGAUUUGCAAAUCGUUUGGCACAACUCUUCAAGCGAGUCCCUAGGUCGAAAUCUGUAGAUCAACCGGGUCGGCAAUCAGUGGAAGGCUGA